UAUGCAGCGUAGAAAGACGCUGACGUCAUGACGUGUUGACGUGUUCUGGCUGUGGACGCGACUCGGCUUCCCACACAGCGACCACUAUUCUUCUUAAGUCAUUGCCUUCCGUAUCGCAUUGCGAGUGACAGUCCGUGUGGACAGAGACACCUUUCAUGUAGUGUAAACCUCUAAGUAUCGAUUCCAUGGAAGUUGCGGACAGCCCACUCAAUCUCGCUCAUCAGCAGUGCAGGAAGGCCGACCGCUUGCUGGCGUCUGGGAAGUUUGAGGAGGCCAUCUCCUGCCAUGGAAAAGCAGCAGAUUUUUUGACCGACGCAAUGAAGACCACAGAGUGUGAGCAGGCCUGUCUGUCCAUGGAGCUGCAGAGGGACAGUCACAUCAAACAGCAACGGCUGAUCCAGGAGCGCUGGAAGAGAGAAGCUCGACGCGAGGCGACAAAGGCCCGACCCAACCAGGUGCAGCCCUCCGACUGCCCGGCCCGCCUCACCCAAACCCAGUCCGCGGGCCAGCUGCAGCCCCUCGGCCCCCCAAGCCUGCCGGGCGCCGAAGGCACAGGGAGCAGGGAGAGGGAGUACGACACCUUGCUCUUUCAGCUGCAGACUCGGCAGGCCGGUGGCUGCCAGCGUUUGACUCCUCCGUGCCCCGGAUCCAAGACCGCCAAAGAUGACAAAACUCGCUUGGAGGAACAACAGACCACCAUUCUUGACCUGCGGCGCCUGGUUGACCACCUGAUGGACGAAAACGAGCGCCUGGCGUCUGCCAACAAGCGGCUACAGUCGGAGAACGGGCGGCUGCGCGCCGAGGCGGUGGACUUUGUGGAGCGCUCUGAGCUCUGGGUGCUCCCGCAGGCGGGCGGCGCAAUGGGGCCAGGGGGUGGGCAGGAGGGAAAGGGCAAAGGGAAGGAGAUUGCAAUCCCCCAGCUGCCCCCGCUGGAGAUGCCGGCCCGGGAGGACCUGUGUCUGGACGACCUGCCUCCUCUGGAGCUGCCAGAGGACAUCAAAAACGAACUGCAGGAGCUCCUGGACAGGGACAAACUGACGAGAGACGCAUCUUAAGCACAAACACGCACAACCAGUGGAGAGUCUGGACAUUAACCCACCGGCUCCGUCUGAUCACACCUCUGCUCAGGCUGAGGUGGGCGGAGCUAUCUUGGGCCCAACGGGGAUAAGAAGGAGAUGCAGCCCAGUGAACCGGCAGUGAUUACUCCUCUAAUGCAAUCUAACAAAAAGGAGUCGUUCACCCACGACGUCUGUGGGAACAUUGGGGAGAUGUUUUUUUAAUUCAAUAGAUAACAUUUGUUAUUUCUGUCUGCAAGUAGCAAUGACACAACUCUGAAAAACUUAGAGCAUCAUUUCUGUGUGUGUUGAGUGUGUCUGAGAGGGAAGACUAACACAUGUAGGCCAAUGGCUGCAGAGUGAUGAUCAUUUGUUGGGUAUUCAAUUUGGUAAACAUUAAAUAAACAAUAUUACAUUGUUUAUUA